CAGAGCCUCAGCAUACAGAGGCGGGAAGAGGGCGCAGGCACUGGGACGACCAGCCCGACCACCCCCACCCCACCGCCCCGGGCCGCUGGGGCUAGGCUGGGGCUUGGGAUCCGUAGUAUGAGGAUGGACAUGGGGCCUCUGGGAGGUCCCAGGAAAGAAGAGCCUCAGUAAACCUGACUCCAGCAAGGAGCCUGGGACCCCCGCCCCUACGAACCACGAUGUGUCUGCGACUGGGUGGCCUGAGCUGCAGUGAUUACAAGAAGAUUUUGAUGAAGACAGGUCUGGUCCUGCUGGUUCUGGGUCACAUCAGUUUCAUCACAUGCGCCUUGCUGCACGGCACAGCCCUGCGUUAUGUCACAGACCCCCAGGAUGCCGUCUCCUUGCAAUACGCCGUCUCUAACAUCCUGGCCGUCACCUCAGCCAUCUUGAUCAUCACCUGUGGGAUCACGGUCAUUGUGCUGUCCAGAUACCUGUCCCUCACCUCCCUGCGAUGGACAGUGUUUGCUGCCAGUGUAACCAGCGCCCUCUUCUCCCUGGUCUGCUCCCUUGGCCUCCUGGCAUCCAUUGCCAUCACCUUCGCCAACCAGGGCCGGUCACUGCUUGCCACCUGUUCCUUCAAUAACUCAGAGCUCCUGUCCCUGACACCAGACUGCCCCUUUGACCCCACCCGAAUCUAUAGCUCCACCCUAUGUCUCUGGGCCAUCUCCUUGAUCCUUUGUGUGGCUGAAAGCACCUUUGCCGUCCGGGCGGCCCAGCUCACUCACCAGCUGCUGGAACUGAGGCCCUGGUGGGGCAAGAGGAGCCAUCAUUUGGAGCUGCCCAGGUGUGUGACCCCAGGCUCCUCCCUUUCACUCGGUGCCUGCAGUCCAGUCGUAGUCACUCCUCGUGUUUGACAGAUUUCUUCCUGUUUAUUUCCUUAUCCGGCAGGGGGCAGGUGUCACUGUCCCCAGUGCACAAAGGUGAGAAAACCUGAGGCUCAGCCAGGUCUAGCAUCUUGUUGUCACCCAGCUAAUGCUGGGAAUCCAGGUCUCCCGAGUCCCCAGGCCAAGAGUGCUGUCCCCUAUUACCCAAUAAAGGGAAGCAGGCUUUCCUCAGCCAAGAGCUCCAUCCUCUAUUAGUUAAUCAAGGAAACCAGCCUUUCCCAUGGGACUUAGUCAGCUCUCUUGGGCCUGAGAUGAGAGAGAAAUCAGCAGACAGAGGAAUGUUUGUAGAAUUUCUCAGUGCUGGGAGAAACCUCAGAAACCAUUGAGUUCAAGCCUUUCCUCAUCAGAUAAGAAAACAAACUCCAGACCUGGGGGAGUGACUUGCCCAAGGUCUCACCAUAAGUUAAAGAUUGGAGUGCACUGGAGAGAAGCUGGUGAGAGAGGGGGGCGUUCAGUGCUUUGAGCACAGAGGGCGGCCCUGGAAGAGGCUUCGGGAUGGAAGGAUUUUAGAAGAUACCUCAUCUAGCCUCCCAUUUUAUAGAUGAGGAAACAGAGCAGGAUUGUGACUUGUCCUAGUUUUUUGUUUUGUUUUUUGUUUUUUUGGUGAGGCAGUUGGGGUUAAGUGACUUGCCCAGGGUCACACAGCUAGUAAGUGUUAAGUGUCUGAGGCCGGAUUUGAACUCAGGUACUCCUGAAUCCAGGGCCGGUGCUCUAUCCACUGCGCCACCUAGCUGUCCCUUGACUUGUCCUAGUUUAAGUAGGAAGGAAGCAUCAGAGGUAGGUGGCAAAUACAGGCCUCUGACACUGGGGAGACUGUGUUCUUCCUAAGAGACCACGUAGUUGUGGUGGCCCACUGGGAGGAAGGUUAAGGACAGUUCCCUCAGCCCAGCCCAAACCUAUUUGUACCUCCUGUUCUCAUCCCCACUGACCUCUAUCUAGCUCUGUGUGUGUAGGUGUCUGUGCCCGUGGGCACAUGUGUGUGCACAUGCAUGCUCACCGCUGGUGAUGGUGGAGGGGUGUGUGUGAAGUAACCAACGAUGGGAACCUCCCCAUGGUCUCCUUGACAGGUCACAGAAAGCUCAAGCCUCACUGAGGCUCGGAGGACCCUCCCUCAGCUGCUCCAGCUCAGAGCCAAUACCCCUCUGAGAGACGAAGGGACUUAGCAGCCACUGGGCCCGGAAAUCCUGGCCCUCUGUCGCCUUGGAGCUGGUCCCACCUCCCGUGGGCAGCCCUGUGGUCCCCUUCUCUUUGAAAGAAUCCCCGAAAGGUACUGAGAGCCUCCCCAGCCUGCCCUGGGCCUGCAGGCUCCUCGAAGCCACUACUCCCAGCCCCUGGCCGCUCUGGCCCAGGGCACAGCACUGAGACAAGACUUUAUUCUGAAGUUAUUAAAAAGAACAAAGUAAUUCCAA